GCCAGCCGGCCGCCCCGACACCUCCGCGCUCAGUAAAACCUUCGCCUAAAGCGUUUGUGCAGUUGCCCGUCCCACUCACCUGUAACCGCUCUCACGUUAAAAAAAAAAUCUUUGACUUCUUUUUUUCUGACUUCAGCGAAAAUCCUGCUCCCGGUGCCUUUAGCCCGGUUUCAUUCAUCCAAGUUGUGGCCUUGCUUGCGCCUUGCGAAGACUUUUCUCCCCCAGCUUUUGAUUGAUCUUGAGGUAGGGGCUUUCAGGUUUGAAGGGAUGGUAAGCGAACCAGCAGCCCGUUCACUUCAGGUGAUGGCACAGCAUUGGACAGGGGUCGGCGGCUGGAGGCAGCUCUUCAUCCUCUGUUCUGGGUCAGGCACUCCUCAAGUCGUCGCCGAAAUCCCCAUUCUUCCGAGAAUUCGGGAGGGAGCAGGUGAUCACUGAAGAGGCAGUGUGUAGGCAUAUUUGUUCAUUCCAUAAACCUUUGAAAUGAAGACUCUGCACUCUGGUUGACAUGGCUGCAAGUAUAUUGAUUAAAUGUAUUUCUUUCACUAUGCUUCUGGUAUUGCUUUUUGUGUUCUGUAACACCCAGAAUUCAUAAUCUUCAGUGGCGCAUACAAUUUUCACUCUAGUUCAGACAAGCCAGGUUUUCUUUGGUUAAAGUAAGUACGUUCCCUAAAAUUAUUGCCUGAGGACAGGGUACCAAAAAAACAAAAAAACUUACAGAAGAUUAAUCAAGAACUCCCCAGAAGGGAGGAGGAGACAUCCAUGACAGUAGAUAAAACUGUUGAGAUUGUAUUGGGGUCCUUGACCUAAAUACACUCCUCAUGUUUUUUGUUCAAGAACUUAUCUCUGAGCUGGUUGUAGAUAUGUAACAAACACAAAAAUUUAGAUUAUCAACAAUUCUGGUUACUUUCUAUUUAGGGAAAUUAUGCUCUAACCAGAAUGAAUUACUUGGGGGAAAAUGAAUGAAAGUUAACACUAGGUUUGUUUAGCUCAUGCUAUCACUGAACUUGAUCACCUGUAGUAGGAUCUGAGAAAACCUUAUUUCCCACCUGAGUCAGUUGGUGCUACUGCUGUAGGAAAGCUAGUGUAACCCUCAAUUCUAAGUUGCAUAUCUUUUGUUUUUUAGAUUGUGGGAGGUUUACUUAACAGUGUGGCCCUUUGAUAGUGUUCACCCUUCCCUUCCUUUAGUCAUGUAUAUGUCUUGGAAUUGAGGAAAUACAUUAGGUAAUUUUUAUAGCAGAUAGAGGAGAUUAGAGACUACUUUUCCCAGUACUUUCUUAGGCACCCAAGAGCUAUAUUCUUGUUUCUUGCUUGUCGGAAGAGGAGCAUUCCUACGGGGGGGGGUAUGUUUACUUUGCCUGUGCACUUUUAUUAUUUUUAUUUUGACUGAUCUCUACCUGUGUUUUUUCAUAUUGAGCUUGCUGAGUUUUUACAUUAAGAGAAAGUUACAUGUUGAAACUUACAACGUCUCUAUUGUAGCAAAGUCACUUGUGGGAGUUAACAUGGAAGCAUUUCAACGUGCAGUAUAUGGAAUAAAUACUUCCUGAUGGUGUAAAUUUUAGUCACUCAGAAGUUCAAUGUCAUCUUUUUCACGUUUUGCAGUAGAGAACUGGUUAUGAAUCUCUGCUUUUGUUCAACUUGCUGAUUUGUGCAUUCGUGAAUGUAGAUACCAGUCUACCCAAAAAGAACUUUAUUUGCAGGUAUCAUUUAGAUUGAGUUUUCAUAUGAAUGUAUAAAAAAGUUGUAAUUUCUAUAUUCUCCCAAUUCUUUAACAUGAAUAGUAGGUAAAAGUGUAUAUUCCAAAAAUGACAGUGAAGUAAUGAAUAUUGUGAAACCAGGGCUUUGAAGGUGAUGACAAGUCAUUUGAAAAAAUGGUUGGUUAGACCUUAUUUAUAGAAGUCUCCAGAAUAAAGAUUUUUGAAGUCUUAUUACCCCUAUAUCAAAUAACAUCAGAAGAGUUUGUUCACUACUGGAAAACAAAGUAUUCAAAGACGGUAAUGUGGAAAGACAUAACUGCAAAGACCAAGACUUCAUAUUACCAGUCUCAUCUCAAUAGGAGGAAGACCUUUUCUAACAACUGAAAAAGAAAAGGAUUGCCUGUGAGAUGCUUAUUGCCGCGGCAAGUGAUUGAAGAAGGAGUCCUGUUCCUGCCCCUGAGCUACAGCUAAGGUGCAAGGAGUGGCUUGGGGGGUUGGUACAGUAGGCUUCACUAGACUUAGCUGCAACUCAGAAUUUCUCCUCCAGCACCUGAGUAAAUGCUGAUGGUCUUGUGGAGAGUGGAUUAAGAGUACGAGCUAAGUUCUCAAUCCCAAUUAAGAAGCGGAGGAAAAUUUAACUGUCUCCUUCAAAGUUUAUCACCACCAUCAAGACAGCAAACCAAAGGACAAAGACUUUGACCUGCUGUGUUGCUCUGUGUAGUCCAGUUCACGUAUGGUUUACAGACUUGACUGGGGUUACUAAUAAGUAAGAAAAGUUGGACACUUCUGUCAUUUGAACAUUUAUUCAGAAGUUACCAGAAUGAGGGCUGUACUGGAGACAGCAGACAUUGCCAUAGUGGCCCUGUAUUUUAUCCUGGUCAUGUGCAUUGGUUUUUUUGCCAUGUGGAAAUCUAAUAGAAGCACCGUGAGUGGAUACUUCUUGGCGGGGCGCUCUAUGACCUGGGUGGCUAUUGGUGCCUCUCUGUUUGUGAGCAAUAUUGGGAGUGAGCACUUCAUUGGGCUGGCAGGAUCUGGAGCUGCAAGUGGAUUUGCUGUGGGCGCAUGGGAAUUCAAUGCCUUACUGCUUUUGCAACUUCUGGGAUGGGUUUUUAUCCCAAUUUACAUCCGAUCAGGGGUGUACACCAUGCCCGAAUACUUGUCCAAGCGAUUUGGUGGCCAUAGGAUUCAGGUUUAUUUUGCAGCCUUGUCUCUGAUUCUUUAUAUCUUCACCAAACUCUCUGUGGAUCUGUAUUCGGGUGCCCUCUUUAUCCAGGAGUCUUUGGGUUGGAACCUUUAUGUGUCUGUCAUCCUUCUCAUUGGCAUGACUGCUUUACUGACUGUCACUGGAGGCCUUGUUGCAGUGAUCUACACAGACACUCUGCAGGCUCUGCUCAUGAUUAUUGGGGCACUCACACUUAUGGUUAUUAGCAUGAUGGAGAUUGGCGGGUUUGAGGAAGUUAAGAGAAGGUACAUGUUGGCCUCACCCAAUGUGUCUUCCAUCUUGUUGACGUACAACCUUUCAAACACAAAUUCUUGUAAUGUCGACCCUACGGAAGAUGCCCUAAAAAUGUUGCGGGAUCCAACAGAUGAAGAUGUUCCGUGGCCUGGAUUCAUUCUUGGGCAGACCCCAGCCUCAGUAUGGUACUGGUGUGCUGACCAAGUCAUCGUGCAGAGGGUCCUAGCAGCCAAAAACAUUGCGCAUGCCAAAGGCUCUACUCUUAUGGCUGGCUUCUUGAAGCUUCUGCCAAUGUUUAUCAUAGUUGUUCCAGGAAUGAUUUCCAGGAUACUGUUUGUUGAUGAUAUAGCUUGCAUCAACCCAGAGCACUGCAUGAAAGUGUGUGGCAGCAGAGCUGGGUGCUCCAAUAUUGCUUACCCGCGCCUGGUGAUGAAACUGGUUCCUGUGGGCCUUCGGGGAUUGAUGAUGGCAGUGAUGAUUGCAGCUCUGAUGAGUGACUUGGACUCUAUCUUUAACAGUGCCAGUACCAUAUUCACCCUUGAUGUGUACAAACUCAUACGCAAAAGUGCAAGCUCCCGGGAACUAAUGAUUGUUGGGAGGAUAUUUGUGGCUUUUAUGGUGGUGAUCAGCAUAGCAUGGGUGCCAAUCAUCGUGGAGAUGCAAGGAGGCCAGAUGUACCUUUAUAUUCAGGAGGUAGCAGAUUACCUGACACCCCCAGUGGCAGCCCUGUUCCUUCUGGCAAUUUUCUGGAAGCGCUGCAAUGAACAAGGGGCUUUCUAUGGUGGAAUGGCUGGCUUUCUUCUUGGAGCAGUCCGUUUGAUCCUAGCCUUCACCUACCGUGCCCCAGAGUGUGACCAACCUGAUAAUAGGCCGGGCUUCAUCAAAGAUGUCCAUUAUAUGUAUGUGGCCACAGCAUUGUUUUGGGUCACAGGACUCAUAACUGUAAUUGUUAGCCUCCUCACACCACCUCCUACGAAGGAACAGAUUCGUACCACCACCUUUUGGUCUAAGAAGAAUGUGGUGGCGAAGGAGAGUUGCUCUCAGAAAGAUGAACUAUACAAAAUGCAAGAGAAGAGCAUUCUCAGAUGCAACGAGAACAGUGAGGCCAUUAAUCAUGUCAUUCCCAAUGGGAAAUCUGAAGAUAGCAUAAAGGGCUUACAGCCUGAAGAUGUUAAUCUGCUGGUGACCUGCAGAGAAGAGGGCAACGCAGUGGCUUCCUUGGGUCAUUCAGAAGCAGAAACACCGGUAGAUGCUUAUUCCAAUGGGCAAGCAGCUCUUAUGGGUGAGAAAGAAAGAAAGAAAGAAACAGAGAAUGGAAGCCGGUACUGGAAGUUCAUAGACUGGUUUUGUGGCUUUAAAAGUAAGAGUCUGAGCAAGAGGAGUCUCAGAGACCUGAUGGAGGAGGAGGCUGUUUGUUUACAAAUGUUAGAAGAGACUCCAAAAGUUAAAAUAAUACUAAAUAUUGGACUUUUUGCUGUGUGUUCACUUGGAAUUUUCAUGUUUGUUUAUUUUUCCUUAUGAAUUUAAGGAUAUGGUGAGAUACUUAACUUAAAAUACUGGUCUUUGGAAAAAAUUAUAUAACUGUUGCAUCUCUCAGGCAUUGUUUACGCCGUAGAUUUUUAGCCAAAUUUUACUUAACAGAAAUAUCAUCUGUUUGCAAGACUUUAUUUUCCCAGAGAUGGAUGAGAGUAAAUCUUCAUCUUAAAUGAAGCAAAAAAUAGACUGAAUUGUGCAAAAAUGUGGUUUAAAUUUUUCCAUACCAAAGUAAGGGGAGACCAAUUAUUCUCAUAGAUCACAUAGAGCAGAAUAUAUGUUAAGGUGUCAUGAAUAAGGUAUGUUGUCCAUACUACCAAGUCAUGCUGAAGUAGAAGAUUUGCUCAUUUCUGAAUUUUUUUCUGUCUCUGUAAUUCCUACUACCAUAAAUGAAAAAUGAAGUCUGAGACAUUGUAUAGUCAGUUAUGUACUGAAAAAAUCUAAUGUGCUUAUACUAAUUUCAGGACAAGUUGAUUGUGAGGUCUGUUUUGUUAGCAUGAGUCUGUGGAUUCUGAUUGCCAAAAGAAAGGUAGACUAUGUGCCUGUAGGAAUUUUUGUACUACCUGUAUGUGUAAUGUUGGAAGGGAAAUUUUUGUUCUAGUAGGUUGUCACUCCCCUCCCCCUGUUUCAUUGAAGUUUAAGGGAACCUUGCUCAAAAUGACCAGGUCAUUCUAUAAGUUACAUGUCAUAAUUAUUAAAUUUAUUAGGGGGUGGGAGUGAAAUGUUACUGAUUAUCCCCACAUUUGCUUACCAAAUUAAGGAUUUUUAUAUAGUUUAGGAAUAACUGGGUCCCAAGCAAUGUUUGAUUAACCUGUGCUGAAUAGAUGAGUAAUCAUACUGUACCAAUUUCCUGGUUUUUUUCCCCCCUCAUAAUUUGGUAACAUUCUUUAUUAUGACUAAACAUUCUUUAUUAUUGAUUAGACUAGUGGCUAGCAGUCAAAAUGAUAUGAAAUGAGGAUACUAAUCUUCAAAAGUGGAGAAAAAUACCCCAGUGGAUUUAGUUGGAAGAUAAAUCCAAACGUCUUAAAGAAAAAUUGAUGCUGCUUUUGUGUGGUGGGUUACCCCACUUGAUUAAAUCAGAUAUAUUAAAGUUGAGUUUUUAGAGGAAAAUUUCUGUUCUGCAAUUAUACUACAUUCUUGAUAACUUUGUUCCUGAUUUUUUCCCCCCAGAACAACUUGCCAUCUGUAUACUGCCUCUACAUCUUUGUUAUAUAAUGUAUUAGAGCAUGAGGAUGUUUCAGUGCAAAUUGGCCAUCAGUAACAGAAAACUCGAGAGUGCAUGCUUGCCACUGGUAGAUUUUCAGUAGAGUCAUUUUUGUAUGAUGGACAGCAUGUUCAUGAGGUGCCAUGAACAAGAACUUUGGGGUUUAGUAGUAUGCUUGUGGAGGAUAUUUCAGGACAUGUGUAAUUAUAAGACCCUCAUCUUGACAUGGCUUGGUAUCCGGUUGCAUCAUCUGUGGAUGGAAUCUUUUUCACAGGCUCUUUCUCCUUACUGAGCACAGGGUACAAAAGAUGUUAGAGGAAAUCUUUACAGAUGAUGUAAUUCUGUGUCAGCACUGUACUGUGUCCUCUGAAAAAUGAGGAAAGCUAAUUGUAUAUCUACUUUCUUUAAACUUAUACUUUUAAAAUUGCAUGAUUUUUAUUAAGCAUAUAUUAGGAAAAAUUACUUUUUAUAGAUACUUUUGUAGAUUCUGAUUGAAAACUCAGCCCCAAUGACUUCAGAUUUUUUUGUAGUGUAUAAACUUGUAUAUGAUACUUAAUUAGUCCAAAGUUGAUUUUAGAAAUUAUUAGAGCAUAAUGUCUUCCCAUCUUCAGGAGGCUUUGUCAGAAUAGGUAGAUGAAAAAUAAUUCAUGUGUGAAUAGCAUGUUUCUGAAGAGCUUUAGAGUGCCUUGUAGAUUUUUUCCCCCCAAUCUCAUGAGGUGUACAACCUUGAGGGGUAAGUAUAUAGGGACCAUCUUUUUUUAUGGAAGUUAAGGCUAUAACUUGUCUAUGGUUAUAAAAUGUAUUUGAGAAAAACAGAAAUCGGGUCACCAAAUCUGGACUCAAUGUUUGUAUGUGUCUGACAGUGCUUUGUGUUAUUUUCCCAAAGCAAAUACUCUUCCUUCAAGACAACUUUUUGGCAUUUGGGAAAAGUAAUAGAAUCUUAGGUUUUCAAAAUUGGCAUUAAGUGGUAGGAAUUAACAUUUGCUUGGACUCUAAAUACACUGCAGUGUAACUCAGCAGCGAGAAUCGACACAUUGGCUGGGCACGCUUCUUUUUACAGCAUAAAUGAAUAGGAGGUAUUUAUAUAGAUUUUUCUCUUUAUUUAAUGUUGAGUCUUAAUAGGUUGGAUUACUAGUGUCCUCCUACCUUCUCUCUGCUGUUGUCUUAGUAAGAUGCAUAAAAUAUAUCCAUCUUGUGUCUUGAUGUAUAUAUAGCAGUAGGUCAAGUUUAGAGAACUAAUGUCUGUAAAUAAGGAAUGACUAUUAGUAUUUCCAGUAGAAUUGUUUACUCUUGCUAGUAUAAACAUCAGUUUAUUUAGACUAAAGUCCCUGAAGCUUGCCAUUCUAAUGACUUUCCAUUAAUAGAUAAUGUGCUUGAAUAGGUAUGUGAAUUGCUGAUGGCAGCUUCAUUUCAGGAGACUUACUUCAGUCUAUAUUUCAUUAGAAUGAUUGUUCUUGGAAUGAUACAUGGACUGUCUUUAAGUUAGAAAAAUGUUCAUACUUUAUUGAAGACAUUGAUCUCUAGACAUUAAUGUGUGCAUAUUUUUAUGUUUGCUCAAGCUAAGUUUCAGAAUUGACCUAGAGUGAUAAUUGACUAAACUAGUGGCUAGCAGUCAAAAUGAGGUGAGGAUACUAAUCUUCAGAGAUGGAAAAAAUAUACCAUCUCUUCACCUGUGAAUGUUUCCCAGCUCCUAGAUUUUUGUCUUUGGCAGUCUUGCUUCCAGAUUGGAUGAGAAAGGCUUAAGAACACUGGCAUGCAGCAUGGUUCUUGGCUCUUUUGUGGGACUUAGCCUAUUUCCUAUUCAUCUCAAAAGACUAACCAGCUGAGCCAACCUUUCUUCCUUAGCUAUUCUUUCCUGGCAAGUUAUUUUUGUCUGUAGCGAGCAUCAAACAAUAAAAGUGGUGUUGUGUCUUUUGGCCCACGUUCAAUAGAUCCCAGAUCUCCAAGGCUUCCUUUUCACGUGACUCAAAUGAUCCAUUGUCUUUUUGAGUACAAUCUGGCUAGGAUCCUAUUGCCUUGGCUCUUAGGGAUUCUACCUCUAGAAGUUAACAGGGACCUAUCGCCCUGUGAAAUUUCCCAUUUUAAGAAUUGGAUGGGAGAGUUGUUGCUCAUUUCUCUUACCUGGAGCAAAAGUCUAGAGUAGUUAUUACUCAGUUCUCUUACCUGAAGUCUUGUUUAGAGUAAAAUUUUGAGUCUUUGUUUCUACAUUACCAACCCAUGGCUUUUUAUUCCUUAUACAAGGUGUACAGCCCUUCCCCCCGCAACUUUGAAAAUCGUUUAGUGUAACUUGUGGGUUAGUCUCAUUCUUUUUCACCAAGUAAAUCACCUGUUUGGUUGGUGGCAAACCUAUGGCAUGUGUGUUACAGCAGGUUGUUCAUAUCAAUGAAAGUGCUAAAGGUUUUGCUGUCACUGACUUUAAGAUUAGUUCCUUCAGUGUACUCAUUUGUCAGUAUUAGGUUUACUUAAUUCCAUUAUGCUUUACUCCCCAUCUCUAUCUGAGGCAUGAUGAUGAGAAAGGAAACCACAUGGGUAUCUAGUAGUGACACCUCGCCAUUCCCUGUAUUUGAGUUGAGAGAAGCUAAGUACAAGACCAGAGCCUUGCCAGGAUAAAAGUUUUCUAAGAAAUUAGAAAAACUAUUAGGAUGUUGGUUAGUACCUGGGUGAUAGAGAUGAGAACAAGUUGGUAAAAGACAAAUGUUAGCUUAAAAUUUGGAGAUGUAAAAGCAUAUUUAUUUAAUUCUAGAACCCAAAGCGUCUUGGACAUUAGCUAGUUUAACACAUUCCCGCUGGCUUUGACCACUGCUGAUGGCUCAAAGCUGCCUGGCAGCAAAUUAUAGCCCCAAAUUACAGCUCUGUAUUGCCCUGUCCAACCUUGUCCAGCUUUGUCCAGUUGUGAACGUGUUAAAUCACUCUCCAGGUAAAUGAGGGUACCAGGAGUAAGAUCCAGCUGGAUAACUCUUAUUUAAUCUUAUGUAUUAUAAAGUACGAAUUUAUUAACACAUUAAAGGUUAAAAUGGCUGAUGUAUGAUACUGAUAAUUUAGUAGGAAAAAUACUUUUGGGCUUCAGUGUCCAUAAGAUUGCUAUAAGCCAGGUGCUAAGGUGCUUAAGCUAUUUUAUUGUUUAUAUUAGCUCAAGCAGACUUUAUAAAUGACACACAUUGCUGUAUAUGUAUAUAUCCUUCUAACAGUCAAACAUUGGUCUUUUUGUCUCCUCUCACUUUGCUUUGUUCUUUACCUGUUCUUUCUUGUUUGGCUUUCUUCACUUUCAGUAAUAUUGUCUUGGAAUUGAAAACUUCUGCUUUGCCCCAAAAUUAAGGACUUAGAUCAAAAUAAUGAUUUAUUGAAUAGUUAUGUUUAAGUAUACUAAAUUUCUGUUGGCUAAAAAUCUUAAUUCUUGAGAAUAAUUUUCUCAGAUUUGUGUUGGCUAAUAAUAAACACUAAUAGUGUUUAUUCUCAAAACACCAUUUUCAAAAAUUAGGGAGAGAGUGAUAGUGAAAAUUUGUGAGUCCUUUUGAAAUGAUGAUAGAUCAAAAUGCAGAGAGACAAUAAUUUAUUUUGAUGCCCCAAAGGUCUUGUUCUCUCAUCAAAGAUAAAAAAUUGAAACUUGUCACUUGGCAGAUAGAGAAACCCUUUUGUACUGGUAGGUAUGAAGCUGGAUUGUGUAAAACAUAAUCUUUAGAUUACUGGAUUUGUUAAUUUAUCUUGGGUACAGACUCUAAUCAUUAAGAUCAUGUCUGUCCUCUGUCGGAAUACUGUAGCUGCUUAACUCCUUAGAUUUCUAGUAGAGAGUAGCUAAGGUUCUAAAUCCUUACACCAUUAUUUAUUCACUUAGUUGUAUGAAUGUUUUCCUUUAAACUUCUCCCCUACUAAUCCUGGGACUAAACUAUUGAGCACCUUUAAAGACGUGAAAUUGAUGUAAUUUGUAUUUAUCUCAACUCCUUUAAGAAGGUUGGGGUGUGUUCCCCAUUUAUCGGAUAACCAACAAUGUAAACUAUUAGCAGGUAGUCUUUUUACUCAGAAAUGAAUAGAAAAGGUUGGUGAAUCUGUAUCAUGCACUUUACUUUUCAGGGGAGUACCAUAAAUCCAUGGAUGUAGAUUCGAUCCAGUACCCUUACUAUGUAUGACAACACUUGAAUUUGUUUACCCCCAACAGCAUGUUUGAAUAGAGAGAGCUCAGAUUCUUGUUUGUGAAGGAGCGGUGGUUUUGUUGUCCUCAGACAGGGAGAAAAGCACUUUGCUGUUGCCUGUGAUAGAUAAUACCCCUUCCCCAAUCAGGAUGGUUACAUUCAGUGAAUACUACCAGUAAGGGAAAUACAUGUUGCAGUGAUUCUCACAGCAGCUCAAGUUGAGAGUAGAUAUUUACAACCUGAUGAUACCUUGAUGAAUGAAUUCACUCUGUCCCCUACUGCUGCUGGGUAAAGGAAUGUUUACUUACUGUUUUUACACAUAGUAGGUAAACUUUCACUUUAUCAGUAUAGCCUAGACCAGUGUUGGCAAACCUAUGGCAUAUGUGCCAGUGGGCUGUUUGUAUCAUUGAAAGCUCUAAAAGGUUCACCAUCAUGGGCCUAGACUUAUAAGUAGAAUGAAUGUUCAUUAGUAACUCACUUUUUUCUCAUGAUAAUUGAAAAUUGAAAUAAGGCUUAUUGUUACUGAAGUACCAGACUGACAAAGGCCAAUAGAUAAGAUAUUUCAUUGUAUAACCUGCUUUUGAAAUUUGAGUGUUUGGGUUAGUGCUUUCUGGCUGCCAGUAUUGACUAAUGGCUGGGUACCUUUCCUUUUUUUUUUUUAGUACAAAAUUCUUUGUUGUUCUUAAAUUUUGGUAUAACCAAUGAAAAAUAUUUAAAGUGAAUUCCACAUAUUUACAUAUUUUACAUGCAGUCUUUAGGUUCAAGAAAAAAGCUUGAUAAUUGUUUCAGCCUAAUGUUAAUUAUCUGUAUUUGCUUUUAUAUUCAUAAUUAAAAUGUUAGUUACAUAUAUCUGUUUUAUCAUUUUGCCUUGUAGGUUUGAUAAGUGUGUCUGAGAACACAUGGGAUAAGAGUUCAUAUUCCAUCAUAGAGAAACAACUAACAGUCCAUAGAAAGCACAAAAUCAUGUCCAAGUAUGUGUGUCUCCACACAUAGAAAGCACAAAACUUAUAGUAUUCUUAGUAACCGACAAGUGCCAGUCAUAAACCCCCCAAGUAUUUGUCUCAGAGUUAUUAUGAGAAACCACAGUAUUGAAAUCCCUAGAGAAUGAGGCAUCUCAGUUACAGGUGGGCCCUAAGUGAUAAGGGAUUCAAGGUAAUAAUAUGUUUGUUCUGCUUUGGUGGAGAGAGAAUACAAGUGUCGAGAAUACUGUGACUGUAUUUGGGGGUUACUAGCAAAGAUAAGAGUCUGGGCUAAUUUCCACAAUCUAAGUAAGGACAGACUUUUAGGGUUUUGGUGAGAACUCAUAAAACCUUUUGCUCUAAGCUGUAGAGCCUUUGGAGUUUAUUUUUUUAAUCUUGCCUUGUGAAAGUAAUACCUUUCAUCAACAAUACUCUAAAAAAAUGAAGAUGUUCACAUUUUUAUAGGGUAAAUACUGAUUGAAUUUUUGUGUAGGUUUGUGUGUGAGAGAUGAAGUAAUCUUUAUUUUCUCAUAUGCUUGACUGCUUCAUUUAUUUGUUUUGGUGUUUUGUUUGUUUCAUUUUAGUAGAGAAUUUGAUCCAAGUUGAGCAUCAAACUGAUUCUGAGACAGAUUUGUCAAAAGAAUUACUUUGCUUUUCACAGUGGUACUGAGAGUGAAGGAGUCUUUCUUUACCUGUCCCAUCAUCCUCAAGAUCAGAUAAGAGGAAAUCUGAAUGUGCUUGCAAAAGAUGAAAAUGCAUUUCUUCCACCCAGCAGCUCCCUUACUCCAUUUCUUACUUCAUUUACUUUCAAAUGGUCUAUGCUUACCAAGAAUGAAUAAGUAGCUCUAUCUUGAAUUUUGUUUGGAUGUCAGAUAUCAGCUCUUAGGAGAGAAGUGACCACUUUGUUCCUACUUUUCUGUAUUUUGUAUAUUUAUCUUCUUAGGGACAGGCUUGUUCAACUCUUAAUAUGUCUAGAUUGAGGAUUAUAGCUGGUGCAGACUAAUGUGACAUGUUUUAGAUAACCUGAACACUUUAAGGGAGGUUCCUCUUUCCAGCACAAAGGUAGGUGUUUACCCAUGAAAUUAUUUUAGAAUGUUAAACCUUAGGCUUGGGGGCUGAGGGGAGAGGAGUCCCAGAAAUGCAGCAAACUAGAGAAGUUUGAGGAUCAUCCUUGGCUUAGCAGUAUGUGAAAAUGCAAAGCAGUUACAAUGUGUUAGUCCUUCCUAUAUAUUAUGUAUUCUGUACCUUUAAGUUUAACAUAGUUUAUAAGAACUUUAUGAAAAAAUGAAUUCUGAAAAUUCCUUUGGCAGAAAUAUCUUGGAUUUGUAAUUCCAUGGAAAACUUUUAAUUAGCGUAGGUAAAAAGUAGCACUAGCAGUGUAAAUAUGUAUAGUUAGAAUUUUCUAAUUUCACUGUGAGAUCUCAGACUGAGUGGCAAACAGGUCAACAAAUCUUUUGCUCAUGGACUUUUUCUGUGGGGUUGUUAAAAUGCAAAAGCUUUAUUUUUUUUAAUAAUGACAUACUACAUUAGUGUCAGAUAAUGGUUUGCAAUCUGUAACCCUGCUUUCCCCCAGCCAUUAUUGCUUCAGUUUAUAGAUUGCCAGCAGAGUUCAGCAAUAGAUAGGGGAUUUACCAUUCAUUCUUUGCUUGGGUGUCCCAUAUUCUAUGUCCAGACCUGUGUUGGCAAUCACAGUAUGAACUGUGUUAGGCUUCUCAGUGCUUUUUUUUUUUUUUUGAUAAGAUGGAUAUCAAAAAUAGUUGCUGUGCAAAAGUUAGUAGUCUUCUUCAAGAAGAAAACCAAUUCCUUUUCUAAUAAUAUCCUGUGAAAUUGCUUCAUUCAUUCCUUUGUUUUUAAGCCAAAUGUCAGCAGAAUACUGCUGAUUUUAUCUAGUAAUUUUGAUAUGUAAGUAUUCAUGUGUUUUUAAAAAAAUGUCUACAUUGCAAAAUAUUUUUCCCAGUGUUCUGCCUAUUAUGCUUUGUUCAGAUAUUUUGUAAAAGUCCAGUCAGUACACUGGGAGUUGUAUUGUUUUCAUGUGUCAUUUCAGUUGUUUAGAAAUUGUAGACCAAAUGUUAUUAUUAUAAUGAAGUUGAUGAAUAUUAAUUUUGUUAAUGAAUUUUUUUUAUUGUAAACUGAUUUCCAAUUUACCCUCCAUUGUUCACAGCUUUUUGCUUUAAAGUUUGACUAAUUGAGUCCAUUUCAUUGUGCAUUGUUUUAGUUGCCAGCAGAAAGAAUUUGGUAUAAACCAGGUUACUUCCAUAUUGAAUGGAAAACAAAAUUACAGAUUUAAAAUUUUUAACCAUUCACAAUGAUUCUAACUUCUACUGUAUACAAUCUGAUUUUUAAAAUUGUAGACAUGUAUGAUCCUUGAUUUAAUGUAUUUUAAAAGUGUUAUUGUUUAAAAAAAUUGAAAAAAAGCAGCAAAUCUGCUAAAAAGCUGUCAGUUUUCCUUACUGACUUUGUAAAAUACACUGUUCUCUGUGUACUGUGUGUUAUUUUGCCAGCUGCUGCAUUAGCCUUCAGAAGUAUUUGGAAACUUAAGGUGAACUACAUUUCUUGCAAAUUACAUUCCUUUCUGUGGUAUUUUGUCUUGUAACUGAAGUAUAGUAAUUAUUUUAUGGAAAUGUUAGCACUUCUGUACCAACUUUGAAUAAAAUGAAAAAUUGACA